CAGAGUUCAAUAUCUCAGCCCCGCAAACAUGCUCGGAUCCUUGUUAGCUGCGGCCAGCCUACUGUCUGUCGCUAUCGCUGGCCACAUCGGAGGUCACGGAGGCCAGUCGAGCGCCCUCCGGCACCAAGAUGAUUACGGAAACUACGAGUUCAAAUACGACAUCAAGGAUGGCUACGGAAACGUGAACGGACGCCACGAGAAGGGAGGCCACCACGGUGUCGUCGGAUCCUACUACCUCGGAGAGAUCGACGGGAGACACCGCAGCGUCGAAUAUCAAGCCGAUAAGCUCGGAUUCAGAGCUGCCGUGAAGACCAACGAGCCCGGAACCAAGAGCAGCGAGCCUGCAUUCGCUCCUUACAGCUCCGCAUUCGGGAAAACAAUCCCAUCCGGAGCCAUUCAUGCCGCUCACGGAGGAUACGGUCACCACGGAUAUUAGACUCAGGCCACUUCCUCAAUUUUCAAAGAUUCCGGUCGACGGAAUCUGAUCUGCUGCCUUCUCCAAAACUAGUCGACGUGAUCUUCGCGUGAUCUCCUGCCGUUCCCCUGCUCGAGGAUUUUACAAAAGCUUCUGCCGCCAUCUUUUAAUUCUGUGAAUAAAGUUGAUACAUAUUUUGUCUUCCCGACGCUCUCGGAAUCGCGAUGUCUUG